GGUAGUGACGAUUGGUCCGCUCUCUCAGACAGACACGGGCAGUCAGGGGCUGCAAGGGGCAGGUCGACAGCUAGGAAAUAGUAAUCAUUUAUUAGAAUAUGCAUUGAAUAUGAGGUAACAAGGAAUUAGAAACUUAUAGCACACUAUGAUAUGUCGCUGUAAAGGGGUGGUUCUCUCAGUAAGUGAAAUGCAUGCAUAUAUUUAUCUUUUGAAGGGGCCGCCGGUGGAGUAACAGCUAUCGCAAGUAGAGACAGUGUAUGUCCACAGGAUCCUGGCCUAGUAUUGCUGCUACUGGGAUUCUCCUUAUCCGCUUUCACAAAAUUGGGAAACAGCACAUUUAAUUAUAGAAAUGAAAGGGUUGACAGUUGUUUUUGCGGUGACGGACAUUUCAAUGGAUGGAGACAUGGCAGCAUGAGUCAGCCCUAUGAACUGCCCAUCAAAGAUGCUCAGGCCUGCUGCUCUGACCCAACAUUGACCUCUGCCCCCAAUGACCCUGUCUCCCCCUGCUCAAAGCACCAUAACCGCAAUUCAAGACUAGACCCUCCACGUGCCAUGCAGCUGUCCACCGCCCCUGCCCCGAAAUCUACAUCCACCUAUGGGUUCAUCAAGGACCUAUCUUCCUCCUACAGCCCUCUGAGAAGGCUACAGCACCUGACCACUAUGGUCAGCCACCCGGACCUGGGCCUACCUGGAGUCGGGGAGAGGGCCUCCCAGGGCUCCAGGGAAGACUCGCAUACCCGGAAUGCUGUUGGGAAAACUGACAUCGGAAAUUCCUUGGCCCUCACAGCUACCCAGCCAGGCAGCAGAGACACAGACAAUAGUAAGACUAAUCUUAGUGUGGAGAAGAAGAGUGACUGUUGCUUCUCUGACCCACCCAGUCCAGCCUUCUCACUGGAUAGCAACAGCCCCUUUGCAAAUGGCUACCUGCACUUUGAGUCCACUUUGUUUGAUGAUGAGAAUGAUGAUGAUGAUAAUGCAGAGGAUGAUGAGGAUAUAGCGUUGCCUCUGACAGACAGAGAGAGAAAAGUUGGAAAGUCACCUGAACCUCUUCGUGGACUUUUAAACUUGAAGGUUAAAAAUAUACCAGAGCCAGGGCUGUCUGUGGGUAAAGGCUUGCAGUCCCCUGGUGUCCCCCCAUUUACAGCACAUGAUGGGUCAGACGAGGACUGGGGGAGUGACUGUGAGCCUCUCUCUCUUGGGAAUAGCCCCUCUGGGCCUGCAAUGAUGGGCAGCCCAAAGAAGAAGUCCUUACCACCUGUAAAGUUUUUAGAAGGUGAAGUUAUAUGGGCAAAGUUCAACCGAAGACCCUGGUGGCCUUGUGAGGUGACCGUUGACCCACUACAGGGAACCUAUCACAAAAUGAAAGAGCCCAGUGACAGGCCUUGUCGGCUGUACCACAUCAGGACCUUUGGGCAGCCUGUGGAACUGGCCUGGGUCACAGGGAAAGCUAUACACACAUUUCAUGGAGGCUUUGAGUUCGAACAGCUCCCCUUGCUGCGCAGGAGAGGAAGGCAAAGGGACGAAGACUACAAAUACAUUAUACCCAAGAGGUUUAAUGCAUCUUGGAAAACCAGUGUGGCUGAAGCAGAAUCUGUCCUCCCAGAGCGACCCAAAAUGGAUGUCUCUAUACCUGACUCCAUAGAUACAACCCUCUAUAAUGGGUCCACAUCAGAAAAAGAGGACAAGGCCCUUCCAACUCCCCCUUCCAAUCCAUCCAACUGUAUACCCCUUGCACCAAGCAACUUAACAAACGGAUCUCUGUCACCACACAGUAAACAUUCCCCAACAAAAGUAAGCACUUCCAAGAGGCCUCAAAGCAAGAAGAAGCCAAGUAAAGCAUUUAAAGCAAAAAAUGAGUGCUUGAACACCAAAACAACAUUUGACAGCACUGACAAGCCAGAGGGGGACAUAAAAGAAUGUCCGUAUUCGGACCUUGACUCUAUCCCCAAUAUUUUGUGUCCUAAAGCACUUGAGCGUCAAUCCAAGCCUGCUCAGACUCAGCCCUCAGUUCCAGUAGUAAAAGAGGUGAAGAAGCAGCCUGAAGGACACAGUCGCCUGUGGUUCAGCAAACCAGGAAAAGACAGGCGACUCAACACUACCGCCUCCUUAUCUAACCACAGUGCCUUCAGCAAGGGUCCCUGCAAGAAAAAGACUCAAACUGCAGCUGCUGUCAACAGAAAGAUUCAAGCGUCCAGUGCGGCCAUCAAGGACUGCUCUAUUGAUCAGUUGAAGACUCCAGUGUCCAGCGUAAUAGUCAAAGAACACCCUGCUGAUCAGUUGAAGACUCCAGUGUCCAAUGCAACAUUCAAAGAUAUUACUGGUGAUCAGUCGAAGACUCCAGGGUAUAGUGUAACAGUCAAAGAACGUCCUUUUGAUCAGUUGAAACCUCCAGUCUCAAGUGUGCCCAGACCUCCUGAUGAGUCGAAGGCCCUGGGCAAGCAGCCUGCACAUCUGCCUGCUAGCAACCGCCUGAUGACCAGAGCUCUGAAAGCUAUGGAGUUAGCAGUGCGGAAACAGAAUCUGUUCUCUAGCCCAAAGCCUGGCUGUUUCCUUCCUAUCAACAAGACAGAGGAGGUGGUGUCAUAUUCCACAAACACUCCUUCUGAUAAACCAGAGACCAAAACAGACUGUUAUACAGAGGACAAACCUUUAAAGGUUGGCAACGAUCAUCAGAUCACUGGUUUACCAAAUUGGUCCUCCUCAAAGUUCACCAGGUCGAAGGACUUUGAAGCAGAGGUUAAGACUGAAGAUGAGGGCUUCUUGAUAUCCCAGAUGCCUGUGGACUUCAUACCUCUGACAUCUGGGAAGGCAAAGAAAAAUAACUGUGUGUCUGACAUGUCCUCCUGUUCCUCGCCAUGCUUUUCUCCCAUGGACGCCUUCAAAGACAUUAAAGAGUUAUCCUUCAAGUCCCUGGAAUCAAGUGAGGGUGAUGGGAAACCUGUGUCUUUUAAACCAGACACUAACUACAAGUUCAGUACUUUCCUCAUGCUGCUGAAGGACAUGCACGAUACCAGGGAGAAAGAUGGAACUCCCUUGGAGCUGGAAAUCGGACCACCUAGUGCUCAUGUAAAAGAGGAGCCUUCCGUGAUUCCACCCUUACUGGGAGAGGAGUCACUCGGUCAAGGCCCGAGUCUCGGUAAAAGUCAACAAGGCAAGAGCAAAACCAAGGCCAAGCCCAAACCCAAGUCUUCUCUGAAGGUAGAAAUCCCACAACUCCAAGGCAGCACAAACCAGGUUGUGAAAAGGUUAGCCAAAAACAGAGGCUCGCCCGGGACUAAAAAGAAACCGAAUGGAAAAGUGCCUUUUGGUAAGAGGUCUCCUGGACCUGGCUACCUUGGGAUGGAAGCCUUGCACCACCUUCCGAGCAAUUCUUGGGAGAAGUUUGACCAGGAUUUAGAGACAUUAGGGAGGGUGGGGGAGGGCUGCAGUAGGCUAACGAAUGAGAGACUACAGAACAUGGUGCCUUUGGAGCAGGGUGGUGCAAAACCAUCAGUGUCCUUUCAGCCAAAGACAGCGUUGGACCAGCAGACUAUCCCUGCCACAAUUUCUGCAAACACUACACAAAGUACUGGGGAAGGCCAGGAGGCUCCCACAGCACAUAAACGAAUUCGAAAACCAAGCAAAAGACUCAUAGAAUGGACAGAAGAGUACGGUCAGAUAAUCUGCACAAGGAAGAAACAGAAAAAGCCCCUUCAGUCUUUGGGAAAGGUGGCACAUUCCAACAGCAACAAACCAGAUCCCCUACCAUCAGGGAAAACCACACAUGACCAUGCCCCUCUGAACCCACUUCCUGAAAUACAAACGCUUCCCCCAGACGAACCAUCCAAGACCCCCACUGGACAAGCCCCUCCCCCAAUAGAGAAUACUCCCCCUCAGGAUGCACCUAUCCUGUCCAUAGAUACUCUAACUCCACCUCCUGAAGCAGACCCUUCGUUGCUGAGUGAUGGUCUGACAAAGAAUGUUGGUGACGUUCCUUACUUGGAAACCAUCCGUAAGAGACAGAGGAAACCAACUCCGAAGAUUAUGGAGGCUGCCACAAUUCCAAAGAAGAGGGUCAAGUCCCUGAAGACCAUCUUAUCAAGUCAUCCUCUUCAUUCAGGCUCUGGACAACUCUUUUCUAAAUCAAAGAUCAAGCAACCUACCACAGCUACCCCUGCACCCUCCACAUUUACACCCUGCCCCCCGACCCAGAGCAGCCUGGAGAAAGGGUCAGACUGUGACGUCACCAAGCCCCCCAGUGAGGAAACUGAUCUUCAUGACGAUGGGAGGGAUACCCUAGACCCAGAGGGUUUUACAUCUAGUUUGGAUGACAGCUUUUCAUCCAUGAGGGAGGAGUCUUCACUGCGCGAUGGCCCACUCUCCCCCAAUAAGAAGAUCAUAGGGGACAGAGGGGGCGCUGCCUCAUUGAAAGAGAAUGUGUGUCAGGUGUGUGAGAAGACAGGGGAGCUGCUGCUGUGUGAGGGACAGUGUUGUGGGGCCUUCCACCUCCAGUGUAUCGGCCUCACAGACCCUCCUAUAGGGAAGUUCGUCUGCCAGGAGUGCAAGUCUGGUGUCCACACCUGUUUUGCGUGUAAGAAGCCCGGGGAGGACGUGAUGCGCUGUAUGAUCCCAGUGUGUGGGAAGUUCUACCAUGGAGAGUGUAUAGCCAACCACGCUCCCGCUGCCCCCCUGCACCGGGGUUUCCGCUGCUCUCUCCACGUCUGUCUGUCCUGCUUCAUAACCAACCCUGUCAACCCCUCCGUCUCCAAAGGUCGUCUGACGCGCUGUGUGCGCUGCCCUGUGGCAUACCAUGCCAAUGACUACUGCAUGGCAGCGGGCAGUGUGGUCCUGGCCAACAACAGCUUCCUGUGUCCCAACCACUUCACCCCCCGCAGGGGCUUCCGCAACCAUGAACACGUCAAUGUCAGCUGGUGCUUUGUCUGCUCCGAAGGGGGCAGUCUGCUGUGCUGUGAGUCGUGUCCUGCUGCCUUCCACCAGGAGUGUCUGAACAUCGACAUGCCCGAGGGCAGUUGGUUCUGCAACGACUGCCUGGCCGGGAAGAAGCCCCACUAUAAGGACAUCCUGUGGGUCAAAGUGGGCCGAUACAGGUGGUGGCCUGCGGAGGUCAGCCAUCCCAAGAACAUUCCGGAGAACAUCCUACGUAUGAGGCACAAUGUAGGAGAGUUCCCUGUGCACUUCUUUGGCUCCAACGACUACCUGUGGACCUACCAGGCCCGAGUCUUCCCCUACAUGGACGUAGACACCAACAACAAGGAGAAGAUGGGGAAGGGUGUAGACGCCAUCUACAAGAAAGCUUUGGAGGAAGCUGCUAGCAGGUUUCUGAAACUGCAGGCAGAGAAAGAACUGAGACAGCUUCAGGAGGACAGGAGGAAUGACAAGAAACCCCCUCCAUACAGACACAUCAAGAUGAAUAGGCCAAUCGGGAAGGUGCAGUUCAUUACGGCCGACCUAUCAGAGAUCCCGCGCUGUAACUGCAAGGCAUCGGACGAGAACCCUUGUGGCAUUGACUCUGAGUGUAUCAACCGCAUGCUGAUGUAUGAGUGCCACCCCCAAGUGUGCCCAGCAGGGGAGUGCUGCCUUAACCAGGCCUUCACCAAGCGCCAGUACAGCCAGGUGGAGAUCUUCAGGACGCUGGCACGAGGCUGGGGCCUCCGCUGUGCCCACGACAUCAAGAAGGGAGAGUUUGUGAAUGAGUACGUAGGAGAGGUGAUCGAUGAGGAGGAGUGUCGGGCCAGGAUCAAACACGCCCAGGAUAACGACAUCUGUAACUUCUACAUGCUGACUCUGGACAAGGAUCGGAUCAUCGACGCUGGUCCGAAGGGGAACCAGGCACGCUUCAUGAACCACAGCUGCCAGCCCAACUGUGAGACCCAGAAGUGGACAGUGAAUGGAGAUACACGUGUGGGGCUCUUCGCUCUCAUAGACGUCCCUGCAGGCACAGAGCUGACGUUCAACUACAAUCUGGAGUGUCUGGCCAACGGGAAGACUGUGUGUAAAUGUGGAGCUCCAAACUGCAGCGGCUUCCUAGGGGUCCGGCCAAAGAACAACCCUCCAGCAGACGACAAGGGCCGCAAGCUGAAGAAAAAGGUCCAGACUAAACGGAAGAACAAGAUGGAGGUGACCAAGGAGAGGGAGGACGAGUGUUUCAGUUGUGGGGACGGGGGACAGAUUGUGUCCUGUAAGAGACCAGGGUGUCCCAAGGUCUACCACGCAGACUGUCUCAACCUCACCAAGAGGCCUGCAGGUCGGUGGGAGUGCCCGUGGCACCAGUGUGACCUGUGUGGUAAGGAGGCGGCCUCCUUCUGUGAGAUGUGUCCCAGCUCUUACUGCACACUGCACCGCGACGGCAUGCUCUUCAUCUCCAAGCUGGACGGACGGCUGUCCUGCAGCGAACACGACCCCUGUGGACCAGACCCCCUGGAGCCAGGGGAGAUCAGGGAGUACCUACCCGACACUGGGGCUCUCUCAACAGGCCCGGGGGCUAGUAUUGUACCCCCUCCUGCUGCUGCUGUGGCUGGUGCUGCUGCUACUACAAGGGGGACAGGGGACCCCCAACCUAGCGCUGGCCCUGAGUCUUUCCCCCCUCUCCCCAUCUCUUGCCCCAUCUCUGGCCCCUUCUCUGGCCCCAUCAGCACCCCUCUACCCAGCUCGGAGGCCCUCGAUAGCUCUCACCUAUUCCUUCCCCAAUACUCACCCAUCUCUUCCUACGGAGAUGAGAAGGAAGAAAUUGAGGACCCUUUUGGUGAUGAAGAGGGGGAUGGAGAGGGGAUUGAGGGAGAGUUGGAGGAUGGAGAGAUGGAAGGCUUAAAGUUGAAAGAUCAAGAGGAGGAGGAAGAAGAAGAGGGAGAGGGAGAAGAAGAGGAGGGUGAGGAAGAAGAGGAGUAAAGACCAAUGUCCUUUUUCAACAACUCUGCAUCCUGGCUAAUCAUUCAUGGGGGGGGGGGCUAACUGCUUGUUCUUGAGGGUGGGACUGUGCUCAGCAUCAUGUAGAUUCACUCAUCUUUGUAUAUAAGGAUCCAUGUACAGAUGAUUUAUAGAUCUUUGAAUUUGAAUACCGCCUUGUUCAGACAGACCCCUGAGAAAUAGCAGGAUGAAACAAUGUGGCCUGGAGCUGGAGUGUCGAAAUGGAGUAGGAGGGAGUUUCCCCUGGACACUGAUUUAUGGUCAAUUUUCCCCCUAAUAGUCCCAGUUAGGGUUUGUGAUAGGUAUACUGAUCCUAGAUCUGUGCCUAAGGGCACAAUGAGUAUGAUGGUAACUCUAGUCAUAUAGUCCAUUUGAAUCUCUUCUUUGUUCGUUGUCAUAGUUGUUGGUUUGUGGUUUUAAUAACAUGUUUACAUUUCUGCACCUCCUCUUGGAGAACACGGCAACUAAUGUAUCUGAAGCUUCACCUUUAUCAAAGGGGAGACUAAAGAGAGGAGGAGCAGUGCUGUCAAAGGCACAGAAAUCCCCUCAUGAGAAAGUAGCCUAUGUUAGAUGGGCCUGCAGCUCUCCUACAUGGCACAAAUGAGUAAUGCUGUGAAAUUAGUGCAUCAGCAAUGGAAAUUAUUAGUCACACAAUCAGUCAUUGGUGAACAGUCUAUAUCCAUACCUAUUUGAUGAUGAUGAAUCUAUCGUCUCUGCCUUACCACACCAAAUGAUACAGACACCUAGACAAUACACAUGAAAUCAAAUGACUUAGUUAGUAAAUCAAGGUGAUACUGAACAUCCCUAUUUUUUAUUUAACUAGGCAAGUCAGUUAAGAACACAUUUUUAUUUUCAAUUACAGCCUUGUUCAGUGGCAGAACAACAGAUUUGUACCUUGUCAGCUCGGGGAUUUGAACUUGCAACCUUUCGGUUACUAGCCCAACACUCUAACCACUAGGCUACCCUGCCACCCCUAUAUUCUCAUCCAUGACAGCACUUUGUGUUCUCCCCUAACCCUGGCAUUGCAUUGCCGAUAGCUCCUCUGUACUGAUAUCUGUUUGGGGUGCGGUUGGUUGUACUGUAGGUCUUUGAACACAACUGAAAUCUGAUUGAGUGGUCAACUAACGUAAAUUCAAUGUGAAAUCAACCAAAAAUGUCAUCAUGUCAUUGGGUUUAGGUUAAAAGUUGAGUGAAAAGAAAUAUGAAAUUCCCUUACGUUGAUGACUUUUUGAAAAUCCAAUCAGUUUUCCACAUUGAUUCAACGUCAUCACAUUUAAUUUUUUGGGUUGAAAUGACGUGGAAACAACAUUGAUUCAAGGAGUUUUUGCCCAGUGGGAAGCUUCCUUACAUGGUCUAGCUUUCCCUUCAAACUGAACCUUCAAUGUGAAAGUGCCAGAGUGUACUCAGCAGUUGAGUAAGCUACUUGACGUAACCUUGACGACAGCUAGCUCACUUGUGUGUAUUAUAUUCUCUAUGACAUAUUUAUAUUGACUUUUAUAACGCACAAAUGAAGAUGGGACUGACUUCUAGUAGUGACAUUGCUGUAUGUCACUUUAUAUAACCCAUACUUUCUGUUUGCUAGGCUAUACUCCUUGCCAUUAGUUUAGCACUAAAAAGUACACUGGUCCACUCCCCUGCUAAAAUGCUUUCACUACAGUAUGUAUUUAUCUCAGCUAUGUGUUUUCUCCCUCUUGAAGCUUGUCUCUACAUCACUGUCUUUGUUGUGUCAGUUUUUCUUCUCUGCUUAUGCCUUUCCAAUUGAGUCAAUCAGUGUUGGGGUUGUUGUGAAGUUGAUUCUAGAGGGCCAGAGAACAGAAUGAAGUGGAUUUGCCACUUUCCAAUUAUGGGAAUGUUGUGUUUACAUUUCUGAAGCUUAUAACACACCUUUACUCCAAAUCUGCACAAUACGCACUAUUUUUACUGCUUAAUGUCUCCCAAUUUUGUCACUUUAGUCAUGUCGAAGUAUCUCUAGCAGCCUUUAUGUAUUAAAACUUAACUGGCUUAGUUUUAGAUGAGGCCCAUGAAAAGAUAUGUGCAAUUUCUUAUAUUUUAAUAGAAAACCAACCUGUUUUUAAAGACUUGAAAAAUUGGAAAAACAGUUCCAAGGGUCCCUUCUUGUCCAUAUACUGUACUGUAAAGGUUGCCAUGGUGCCCCCUGCUGUUGUUCCGAUAUACAGAUACAGGCACCCAUCGUCAUGGCCAUAGUAAAUAUUUAUCUGACUUGAACAUAUUUAGAGCACUAAACCGCCUACGAAUUUUAACAACACAGAUAGAUUUUAACUGAUCUGUUGAAAGAGUAUUUGUACAUUUUAGAUUGGCCUAGCCUGUCCUUCCAAAAUCUUAUAUAAUAUGUAUAUACAUUUUGUAUAUGAAAGCUAUAUAUGAUGAAUGAUUAAAAAAAAAAACAAGAGCUAAUAAUGAGUCUAGAGCCAGUGGAUAUCAUGUGUUCUCUGGUCUCAGCUUUGUCAUCAACCAUUCCCACAAACAGGAUCACUUCAACUUUGAUACAUAUUUGUUGUUUACGGUUGAGUUGCUGUCAACAGACCUGGUUAAUAACACUUUAUAUUGAUGUAACAGUAUCAGUCAUCAAACAGAUAAUAGUAGGCUAUGAAAGCAUACAGUAUGAGGAGGUCGAGGAUCAUUUCUGGUCACGACAUGAGCUGGGAAUCAGAAGAGUCGGGAGAUUGAAGGCUCAGCUAUCACUACAGUACCUUUGGGACUUGAUAUGAUAAUGAGCUGUAUAUCUUUUUGCUUUAAUAUAUUCUGUUUCUACAUUGUCAGUUACCCCUCCCUCCUCUUUGGAGGGUUCAUGGAUGUGGCACAAAGGAAGAGUUGGGAGGCUGUAUAAAUGUUUUUAUUCAUACCUACGUAUGUAACAAAGCUGGACAUUGUUUUUCUACUGCUGUUUUUGUUGUUGUUGCCGUCAUGCUUCUUAGCUUCUGACUCUCUUCCCUCUCUGCCUUAUUAAGCCUUGUGUAAUUCAUCUGUUGAAAUUGUACCUGUUGAAGAGUUCAAUAAUAUCCUGCUGCCUUGUGAGGAUAUUGAAAUGUGCUGGAGUCCUUUGUACAUAAUAAAGAAAAAAAUGUAAGUUGCAAUUA